CAACAACUGCUUCUUGGCGGGUUCUUGCAAAUGCAAGAACAGAUCAUGCAAGACACUACCAAAUUCGGCUCAAAUUUCUCCGGUGAUGGCACCUGCACUGCCUACGUCGGAUAACUUCAACAAUGAGAGGUUGAUGUCCGGGAAGCUCGAGUUCGUUGGUUCAACGUAUUGUUCCGAUGAUGACGAAUGUGUGGAAAAGGAGAAACAGAUAUCGGUGGAUCCAAUAUCAUUGAGACAGUCAUCGGCGAGAGAGGAUAUGAUUUUCGAUCCCAUCACGGCUCCUGAUGUCCCUGAUCUUCAUCUGCCGCCGCCGCUACCUCCGACGCAGUUCAAGUUCUUAAGCUACAGCCUGCCGAAUUCCGUCAAUUCAUCUCCCCGAUUCGGUUCAAUGAAAAAGAAAGGAAAACUAGAAAAUCAAGAAUCGAAACUUAAAAUCUCGAAUUCGACGAAGCUCAAAUCGUCGGUGCAGGAUAUACAAGUCGCUCUGCAAGAGGAUACUCAAUUUCGAAGGAGUAAAUCAUGUGGCGAAGGCAGAGCAAGUGCUCCCGCCGAUGAUUUGGAUCUGUUGUUGAAUAAAGCAAAAUUUCCAGAAACGAUGAGUUACGAUGAUUUCGUUAGAACUGAAUCGAACAAAGAUUAUCGUAAUGGUGCAGAGAACUUAGAGCCUACCGAUGACGGAUUUAAAUGCGGGGCUCUCUGUUUAUUCUUACCGGGAUUCGGCAAAGCGAAGGCCGUUAGGUCAAUCAGAAAGGAAGAAGAACCAGAGAUAGGAAAAGUGAGGAUGUCGAGGACCGAGAUUGGAAGCGUGAUAUCGAGGACAGUUUCGAUGGAGAAAUUCGAAUGUGGAUCAUGGGCUUCAUCUGCCAUGCCAAACGAAACUGGCGAAGACGACUCCAGUAGCAGCCUUUUCUACGAUCUGCCAAUGGAGUUAAUAAGAAAUAGUGUGGAUGCAAAUGCGCCAAUCAGUGCAGCUUUCGUCUUCGAUAAAGAUCAGAAGGGAGUUACAAAAAACAGUUCGUCACAAAAAUCUCACGAACCGUCGCAUCAUGUUCGAUUCUCGGCAUCGUCUCCUUCAGGACCUUCCUCGCCAGCGUCUUGCAUCACACCUAGAUUGCGCAAGGCAAGAGAGGAGUUUAAUGCCUUUCUCGAAGCCCAAAGCAGUGCUUAAGAUUGAACCCUGUUUAGGAGCUGAUCGCAAACUUUCCGAGAUGCUGGCCGUUCUUGUGGCGCGGUUUUAGUGCAUAGGAGAGCUAUUUCAAGAA